AUGUGCAGACAAAAAGCUUGUGAUUACAAGGGUCAUCUCUACGUGUCUGGAGGUUUUGGCUACAAGAACACCACCCUCUGCUAUAAACCUGAAGACAAUGAGUGGACAUCAAAAGCACCCAUGAUAAAGGAAAGGUCUUACCACAGCAUGCUAGCAGUGGAAGACAAGAUCUAUGUGCUUGGUGGGUGUAGAAGAUGUGGGCCAAGGACACCAGAGGAUGAUAAUUUGGAAGAUUUAGGGUGUGAGGUUUAUGAUCCAUUGACAGAUCAGUGGACAAGUAUUUCCUGGAUUCACCAGAAACUGAGCUGUACUGCGGCUGUGGCACUGGACCAGAGCAUUUUCUGUUUCGGAGGAUACUCUUUUUUUCAUGUCAAGGAAGUAAACUUAGUUCAGAUAUGCAAUACUAAAAAAUUAUCCUGGAGCAGCAAGAGCAUGUGCAGGAAUCCUGUUAAUUACUAUACUGCUGUACUUUUGUGGAUGACCAAUGCCAGUUUGAAGCAUUGAAUGAGUAGUACAGUAUAUAUACGUAUCAACCAUACGUUUUUCAAAUUCCUGAUUUCUGUUAUCUGACAUUUCCAAGAUUACCUAUUUUCAGUCACUCACCAAAACUUUCCAACAUUAAGCCUACAAAUCUUUCAAAGCUGUUAAAAUGAAUAUUUUACGUUUUUCUAAAAUUUGUUUUGGGGUAAUUCUUUUUGAAAAUGAUCAAAAUUCAAUUUUUUUACAUUUGACAUGUAAUAACCAUACAUCAGUUUAUUUGGAGAUUUUGAUGGCCGUAUGACACACAUGCAUUUAUAUAUUUUGAGCAUUCCAUAAACCACAAAGGAGUCUUUCAAUAAUUAUUAA